UUACAACUACCUACUAAAUUGGGUCCUAAGCAGCCGCAACAUUCACACGGGGACCUUAUGACACUUAUCAUCAGUGUGAAGAGUCGGGACAUGGCGGACACAUCAGCAUUAACAAGCGAAAAUGCUUGCUCGAGUGUCUAUAAUGAAGUUAAGGAGUACUAUGGAAAGAUACUGAAGCAAUCAUCUGAUUUGAAAAGCAAUGCCUGUGUUCCGUCUGCUAAACCUGUCCCGGCAUACGUGAGAAAAGCGCUGGCUGAGAUUCAUCAGGAUGUUGUAGCAAAGUACUAUGGCUGUGGUCUGGUGGUCCCUGAGUGUUUGGAGGGCUGCAGUGUGCUUGAUCUCGGUUGCGGGAGUGGACGGGACUGCUACAUGCUCAGCCAGAUUGUGGGAGAGAAGGGACAGGUCACAGGCAUUGACAUGACUGAAGAUCAGCUUGAGGUGGCUCGGAAGUACAUCGACUACCACGUGCAGAGAUUUGGUUAUAAAAAGCCAAAUAUGAAUUUUGUUCAAGGUUACAUUGAGGCCUUGGCCGAAGCAGGUCUGAAGGAGAAGUCAUAUGAUGUCAUAAUAUCAAACUGUGUUGUAAACUUGUCACCGGAUAAGAUGAGUGUCCUGAGGGAGGCUUACCAUGUGCUCAAGGAUGGAGGAGAAUUGUACUUCAGCGAUGUCUAUAGUGAUUCCAGAAUCCCAGAAGACCUGAAGGCCAACAAAGUAUUAUGGGGUGAGUGUCUCAGUGGGGCAUUGUGGUGGGAAGAUCUGAUACGACUGGCUGAAGAAGUUGGAUUCAGUAAACCACGACUGGUUACUGCCGCCAUUAUCACUGUUGGCAAUAAGGAACUUGAAAAACUUCUUGGUGACUACAAGUUUGUGUCUGCAACAUACCGGCUCUUCAAGCUGCCCAAAGGUUCAAAGAAGCAGGCUUGUCUGGCCAUAUACAAUGGAAACAUUACUGGUUCGGUGGAAAGCUUUGAGUUUGAUGCCCAAUAUACCUUCAAGGCAAAUGAAGUCAUGGAAGUGGAUGGAGAUGUGGCCAGUAUUCUGAUCAACUCCAGAUUUUCAGAGGAAUUCACAUGUCAGCCUCCGGGAGUAAACGUCUCUGGAAAGUGCAAUUCUAAACCCAAGGACGUGUCAAUAAAUCCUUUUGAGCUGGUCAAGCAGUUGGGAAUUGCAAGAGUAACCGCCUCCACUGGAGGGUGCUGUUCUGACCCAAAAUCAUGCUGCUAAUUCAGAGAUGGAAUUGUCUAUUAUUUUUAAAUUGGUUUUAAACCAAAAUGAAUCUGUAAACUGUUAAUUACGGUUCUUGUUCAUUCUAAAACUAAUUACAUUUAUGGAUGUAUGUUAUUAUGCAGAUGUGUCAAACACCACUUCUGGAGGACCACUGUCCUGUGCAGUAUAGUAAAAGCCUUCGUUAAACACACGUGAACUGUUCAUAAAUAUCACACGCAUGUGUGUAAAGCAGGAUUGAACAAAAAAAUCAGAAGUGUUUGUGAAAUAAUGAAUAGGCCUCCUUCACAAUUUGCACUGAAUGCAUUCAUUCCCGAUACAGUGUUCAAAGCAUCUACAUGCAGAGAUCAGAGAAGAUUGAAAUGUCAAAGAAAAUUACAUACAUUGACUGCUUUUUAUAUAGAGUCACAAUAAAAAAACACAAUAAAUACCUUUCACUUA